CAAAACUAUUUUCUUAAAUCGAAACUUGGGAUGGCCGGGCAGCUAAAUUUUCUCUACUUGAUGUUUGGUUGCUGAGAAUGGUGGGAAAAGAAAACUUCCAAUCUCCCACAUCCCAUUUAACCCUUUUAAUUGCUUUUCCUCAUAGUUUUUCUCCGCAACCAAGACAAGCCCUUUCGGGAUUUUGCUGAAUCAAAUAAAACCCUAAGUAGUUAUUUACAGUUCCUCAUAAGUUGAUUCGUCAAGCUUCUUCCUUUUGCUUUCUGAACUCUUGUUGUUUCAGACACAAGGAAAGUAUUUUAAAAACACUUUUGUAGGUUAAAUCUAGCCAAGAAAUGCGUGCAAGCAGUUUGGUUGCAGAGUCACUGUGGAAAAGCAUUGAAUCAACUCGUUCAGGUCUAUAUAUUUGUAAUUUUGCUCUUUUGACUCAUAAUCUCAGUGUAGAAUUUCUCAUGUUCACUUGCACGAAUGAUUUCAUUACAGUGAGUGAGGAUCAGCUCUCAACCUUGUACUUCUUGUUUGGUAAAAAUUUGGAGAAAGCAACUAGAAUCGUUGAUCAAAAGGGUGUCAAGACGAUCUCUGGUGAGCCUAGCAGCCGAUUCAUCUUUCAGGUUAUGGGAGAAUCACGGAGGAAAGAGGAGUAUUACUGUUUUGCAGAACAUUAUUGUGCCUGUUACUCAUUCUUCUAUGACAUUGUGAACAAGGGAGAGCAACUUUUUUGUAAGCAUCAGUUAGCUGCAAGGCUUGCUGCGGCACUGGGAGCAUGCAUUGAAAUUAAGGUAUCUGAUGAGCAGCUGGCCCUAUUGCUUGCAAAACUCUAACUUCUGCGGAUUGAAAUCUCCAUUUUCGAAUUUAGACAUGAGGUAGUGUUUGAAGAGACACAAUCAGAAGCAUUGAUUGAUUGUCUGUAGGAUGUAAGAUAUAUUUGUAUCUACGCCUGGCAUGUUCAUGUUUAAGAUUUAUGUAUGUUAUGUGGAAGCUUUAGAAUGUAUAUGACUAGUUACACAAAAGGAGAUGACUAUUUCUUAGUUUUGAUGGAAUGAUUGUAUUUACUUGCCUUUGCAGCACCUACUGCUUCUAGUUCCUACUCAUCACCGGUGCAUUGUAUGUGGGGGAAAACUAGGACCACAUUGGAUCUUAUUCUUUAGUUAUUCUUAA